UCAUCACACAGAGAAGACACAUUCCCCUGCUACCUGAGCCCUCCACUCCUGACACCAUGUACUGCAACACCUUCUCCGGUGCCGUCUUCCCAGGAUGCUACUGGGGCAGCUACGGCUACCCCCUGGGGUACAGCGUGGGCUGUGGCUACGGUAGCACCUACUCCCCAGUGGGCUAUGGCUUUGGUUAUGGCUACAAUGGCUGUGGGAACUUCGGCUACAGAAGAUACUGGCCAUAUGAUCUCUACUGAUUUGCUGAAAUUGCUGAGGCGUAGAAUCUUCUCUCCCAAGGCUGAGAGGCGCCCCUCCACGUCCCUCCUUUACUUCCUUCUUGAGUCCUCCUUUGCUCCUUCACCUCCCAGUUGCUGCUUCUCAGACCUAGCACCAGAGUCCAGAGGGAAGGAGAUGAAAAAGCAGAUGACGCCUCCAGCUGCCUUCCCUGGAUGAUGUUCUUUGAGACAUUUUCGGAAACUUGAUGCCCAAACAUGUAUUUCUUCUGAAUUUUUCACCACGCUCAUGACUCUUGAUAAAGUUGUGGAUGUGUGUGUUGAAUUCUCAAUAAACUUGUCUCAAUCAGCAUAAUAC